AUGUCCGAGCCGCCGUCGUCACCCCCUAGGGCAGGAACCAGCGUGGAGGAUGCCUUGGCGUGGUACAAGGCGCAAUACGAGGUGCUGGAGGCGGAGCUGUCGGAAUUCCAAGCCUCCAGCAAGGAACUAGAAGCCGAGCUUGAGAAGGAUCUAGAUGCGGCCGACAAGCGCGAGCGGUCGUUGCGGCAGAAGGCCGAGGGCCUGAGUUUCGAGGUGGAGGAGUGGAAGCGCAAAUACAAGGAGUCCAAGACAGAAGCCAACGGAGCCCAAAACACCCUCGAGAAGGAGAUUACGACCCUCCGCGACACCAACAGGACGCUUCAGCUAAGGCUCCGCGACAUCGAAGUGGCCAACGAUGAUUUCGAACGCCAGGCGCGGACUACCACCUCGUCCCUGGAAGAUCUCGAAUCCAAGUACAAUGUCUCGAUCGAAAGGGGCGUGAUGCUAGAGGAGGAAAUCAAGAUCGGGGAGCAGGAGCGAGAACAACUACGGGUCGAGACACAACGACUGCGAGAAGAACUCGCCGACCUAAAGAUCGAAGCCGAGAUCCUGCAGGACAAGAUCAAGAAGCAGGAGUCUAGGCACCUCUCGAGCAUCUCAACCGACAUCUCCUCGAUUCCCGGGUCACCAUCAUUCUGCAACUCCCCGCACUCGACCGCGAGCUCUCCGAUGAUUAUGACACCGCCGGAUCUUAAAUCGCUCUCUGCGGCGGACACCACUUCAGAACUCCGAGGUCCACCUUCGCCCCCCAUGUCGGAUGUCUCCCUGCCCUUACCCAAGGUGGGCGGGCUGAAGACUCCCGCUCAAAGGCGGAGCCGCCUCCCCUCGGCGGCCGAGAGCAGCAUCACGCCGAAACCGAAGACAUUUACGGCGUCCACGUCCUCGACCCGCUCAACACGCGCGGUGACCACAUCCACUGCGAUGCGAACACCGGCCCACCGAUCGUCCGCUGCCGCGCGCGCCUCCUCUCGCGCCGUCCAGGGCUCUAACUCUCUCACUCAUAUUCGCACCCUCACCGCUCAGAUGCAACGGCUCGAAGCCCGCGUGCAAUCUGCGCGCUCCAAGCUGCCAGCAGCGCCACCUAUCGACUCGCCACCGCGUAGAUCCCCGCAAGGCCCGGCAAUGCCAUCGAGCAUCACAAUCCGCAGCCGCAAGCGCACCGGCGGGUCUACCGCCUCCUCCAGCGCCGCCAGCUUCGCCUCCGAAACACCGUCCCACUCCCGCCACGCCCCAUCCGAGUCCCACAGCAGCCUCUCCUCCAGCACCAACAAGCACGUCCCCCGGCUUAGCACGUCGGGCGUCUCGCGCCUAUCCUUCGGCCCACUCCCCAACCGCAACCCCACCAACACCAACAACGAACCCGACUUCCCCCGACCCAGUAGCCGAGCUAGCCUCUCGAACUAUGCCCGCCCGGCAAGCCGCAACGACUCCCACCACCACUCCAGCAACAGCCACAGCAGCAACAUUCUACCUCCCCGACCCAUGAGCCGCGCCGGCCUUUCCAACAACCGCACCCCGCUCGCCGCCACCGGCGGGCCCGGCCGGCCGCGCAGCAGCCUCGGCAUGCACCACGGCCGUAGCGGUAGUAUGAGCUACGCCAGCAGCAUGGCAACGGCGCCGACGGCCGAGGAGGCGGACGAGUCCUUUGACGCCGGCGAUACUAGCAUUGUCAGCGUGGGCAGUGUUAGCCCCAAGAAGCUGCGCACGCCGAGCCGCCGUGGAACGUUUAGUCGGCGCGGGGAGGCGGAUGGCGGGUCGGGGGCGCACACGGGAAUUCCGUUACCCGGGUCAAGGCGGUUGAGUGGAGGGUCGGCGUCGCUGUCGGGGUCGGUGCGGCGGACGAGUGGUGGGACCGGGGCGGGGUCGAGGGUGUUGGAGGAUUUGGGGGAGACUUGGUGA